UCGAGUUCCCUUUUUUCGUUCCAUCUUUUCUUGCAAUCUUCUUUGGCCUACUUUUACGUUUUAUGUAUAUGUGUACCGUGCCGCAAGUCGCAAGCCGCAACAUGAGUAGCGUCAUCAGCUGCUGCAAUCAGCUGUUAUCUUGUACUUUCUUGACUGAAAUGCAUUUCUUCGUCGUUUGUAUUUGCGACGACGCAUCGGAAACGACGUAAACAUACUUGGAAAUAAGUCAAGCACAGAUUGUGUUUAUUAACGCGCAUGAUUAGCUAUAACCAUGGAUAACGUUCGCUCGUCGGUGGAUAACCUCUUCAACAUGCUGUCAGGCUUCAGCGCGGGUCACGAGAAAGCUUUGAAACAGGGAAUCUACAAUGCCGUCGCGCUCUUCCUUCUAUGCCUGGUCUCGGCAGCCGGCUAUGGUCUCUACAUUAUACUGAGCCCCUUCGUCAAACCCCUGAUCUGGGCCCUGCUAUGCGGCUCCGUCCUAUUCCCGUUCAAGUAUUCGUUGGCUACGACGGUACAAUCCUGGUUCGCCCAGGUAGAAGCAUCCCGGUCCCCGCUGAUCGUCAACGCGAGCCUGCUGCCCGUGCACAUAUUCGAUAAUAUUUCCGAGAAACUUGGCUCCUUUUUAUGGAUACGUAUCAAAUAUAUCGUCGGGGCAAUAUCACUGGCAUUAACGCCUAUAGGCGUGUAUCAUUACACUCCUAACAUUAUGACGUGCCUCGCGCGGAGGAUGUUUCAUGUGUUCACCACCGUCUCCGGAUUCUUCAUCCCGACAUGCAAUAUUUUUACGGUCUCUACAAUACUCAUCGGAUAUCUAACGAUACUAUAUAUUUACUGGACGCCAUCAAACUCUAGCCAUUUUCGUUACAUGUCUUUCGUGAUAUGGUUCAUCGUUACCAUGUAUCUCUCGAGUAUGGCUGGCACUUAUCGAGUCUUGGUCUUCGCCGCUCUACAAAUCCUAUGCGCGAUUGGAUUUAUUUACGAAGUAUUAUCGAUUAUGGAGAGUCAAGAGCUGAAUGGUAGGCACUUGACGUUCUCGGAGGCCGCACGUUUCGCCUUAACGAAUAAUUUAUUACCGAGUCCGCAGGGAGAGGUAUCGGCUCCAUCGGAGAGCGAUAAAACGCGGACGAACGAUCGGAUUUUAGAGGAAGAGAGUACUUUGGAUACGCCGCUUCGUCCCGAAGAAGACGUGAGGAGGCCAGCGUCGAGAGCCGAUAGAAUCCUCGGCGCGUCCAAAUUCGGCGUAAAGUCAAUGUCCUUGGAUGCGGAUGCUGGCCUGUCCUCUGCGCAUAAACCGCGAUCUGCGUGUAAUGUACAUUCUGUAACGACAUUACGUGACCGUUAUUUCCUCAGCAAAAUAAAGGCUGAAUUACGAAUGUCUUUAGAUAUGCAAGAUGAUGAAGUCGAUACUGACAAAUAUAUGUAUGGAGCGCUGUACGCGUGCGUCGGUAUGCUUCUUUGGAAGCACAGAUGGAUCUCGUAUAUCCUGGUGAUCCCGUUGGUGUAUUAUAUCGUUAAACAGCUGGGUAGUUAUUUCGGCUUUUGGAAAACCAUACGCAGACGAUGUGACUUGACAAUACAAACGGUCAAGUCGUGGUGCCUGGAUCGACAUCAAGCUCUCAUACCCUCCAAUAUCAGAGGUCUCUAUAAAGUAAGCAUUAUCGUGGACGAGAAACUGAGGAAUGUUCUGAAGGAAUCCGUUAACGCGGUAGCGACUGCCUCUGUGAUACUCGGACUGAUCGUUUUCACCACUUGCGCAUCUAUUUUCAUAACGAUACAGGUUUACAUGGAAGGUUUGCAUCUUGUUCAAGUAACAGGUGAAAUAUUGAAUUCCUCCUUGAUGAACAACCCCGAUAUCGACUGGGUCCCAGAGAAAUGGGAAGAAUCUGUUAAUAGUGUUUUGGAUAAUGCUUAUACUUAUGGACGAAGCGCUAUAUCAGAAGGAAUACGAAGUCUCGUGAAAGAUCUAGAAUCGUCCAAGGCAGAGCAAAUGGAGAAGAAAGUCUUGGAGCUUUGGGAUCGUCUCUACCAGGCGUGGAUGAUGUCGAAUGUGGAUGAAAAUUUCUUGGGUCCUACUGUAGACACUGCAUCUGCAUAUUCCGCUUGGGAGAAUUUCAAGGAAAGCUUCGGAAAAAUGCCCCUCCAUCUCUUCAAUAUGACAAGCAUACAGAAUUUUGCCAAGGAAAAUAUUGGCAUUUUAAUGUCAGUGCUUGAUUCUAUUUGGAGCAUCGUCAAGGGCAAUAUGUCUGUGAUACUGACAAUAUUCACAGAGCUAUUCUACGUCGUACUCAUGAGUGGAUCGGCCGUAUUUAAUUUUGUACUUAGCACGGUUGUUUUCUUUACGACUCUAUUUUACUUACUCAGUUCCAGUGGUAAAACUUACAAACCCAUCGAAUUGACAACAAUGUUCAGUCCCAUUAGUUGUCAUAGCACAACACACGUAGAAGGAUUCGCCAUUGCGUUACAAGAGGCGGUAAUCGGGGUGUUCGCGGCGACCUUCAAGCUCGCCUCCUUCUUCGGUAUGUGGACGUGGUUCAUACACAACUUAUUCCAAGUGAAGAUUGUCUACUUACCAUCGGCCCUCGCGACUAUGCUGGGUGCAGUCCCUUUCUUAGAUGCGUACUUUGCCUGCAUCCCGGCCACGAUAGAACUCUGGUUCACCCGCGGAUCGAUGCUCGCUAUCCUUUUCUUUCUUUUCCAUUUUCUCCCGUGUAACAUAGUAGUGACGGAAUUCUAUAAGGAGAUUAAAGGUGGCGGGCAUCCUUAUCUGACAGGCCUAUCGAUAGCAGGUGGAAUUUUCUGUUUAGGCGUAGAGGGGGCAAUUUUUGGCCCUUUGCUUUUAUGUUGCAUUAUGGUUGUCAUCAAUUUAAGUCGACGUUAUCUGCAUUCGCCCGAAGAGGAAGUUAUACUUCCAGCGUAUUCCAGCACACCAUGAUACGAGCCAAAAUAAUGGUAUGCUUUCGCUCUAACAAAUUAAUUUACUCUGCUUAAUAAUGUUGCGAGCUACGGGCUUGAAUCCCUAGCUUUUAUUAAGAAUUAUAAGAUCCAAAGUUUUAUAUUAAACAUUUUAUGAAAGUUACCGUGUACGAUGGCUGGACUAAACAUGCAAUGCACAUACGAACGUGUAAAAACUGAAUGCAGACCAAUCACGAACAAUUAUCGACGAAUAUCAGCGAACGUGAAGAGAAGUUAAUUAUUUAAUGUUUUUUAUAUAAAAUAUUUCUUUUUUAUAUAAAAUAAUUUUUUACAAAGUUUUUGUGUAUAUAAUCUGUUAUAAAUUAAUUUUUUUAUAAAAAAAAGAUAAUGCUUCUCCGCUGAUGCUCGUGAUUGUUUACAUUUUCAUAUGAUUGGUCCAAAUUCUGCUCAAAUUCAUACGUGCUUUACAUAUGUAUUUUUAUGUGAUAAGAGAACUAACAGGAAGAAAUCUCAGCUUACGCUUAUUAGCUUUAAAAUUAUAUCAUACACAUAUAUAAUAAAAACAAAUUAUUUUUUUAAAUUUAAUAUAAUCAUCAUUUUCUAUUUUUGACGAAAUUUGGUUUGAAGCGACAUAGAUUUUAGUCUUCCAUUAUCUCUGAUUAUAAAUUUGAUACAUAUUAUAUAUAUAGAUAUAGAUCUGUGACAAUUACACAUAUAUGAUAAUUUUAUUUAUGUAUUACAUUUUAUAUAUGUAUUGAUGUGUUUUGUUUCUAAUAUAUUGAUUACUUUAUAUGCAAACAAAAAAUAAGUGUUGAAAUGUACUGACUUCAAGACUUAACAUGUUAUUUUUCAUGUCAAACGUGUAACCAAAGAUAUGUGUUUAUGGUAAUAAAUUUUCUCAACGUUUA